AUGGCAUUUCGAUUUCAAUGGCCUUAUUUCUCAGAUGAGUUUAUCCAAGAAGCAAAGACCAUGCUCACCAAUGCACUUAACAAAGGCAACAAGCCUGCAGUCAUUGUUGACCAUAUUACUGUAAAGGAAUUAGAUAUGGGCACGCUGCCCCCUGAAUUAGAAAUGUUGGAAAUGGGCGAAUUAUCAAUGGAGCGCUUCCGUGGUAUCUUCAAGCUUACUUACAACGGUGAUGCACACAUUGUACUCCAAACAAAAGUUCAGGCUAAUCCCAUGAAUGUCAAGAAGACCGACAACCCUUCAUAUACCCGGCGUGGGAUUUUAGCAGCAGAUCAACCAUUAGUCGUCCCUAUGCUUCUCAGGAUCAGUGAUUUCAAAUUACGCGGCAUUAUCGUUUUGGUAGUAGAUCAGAUUAAAGGAAUCACCCUCGUCUUCAAAAAUGACCCAUUGGAAUCUGUCCUAGUUAGCUCCACCUUUGAUAGCAUCACACCCAUCCAGCGUUUCUUACAAUCCGAAAUUGAAAAACAGCUUCGAAAUCUGUUCCAGGAGGAUCUUCCAACGGCUAUCCACAACCUUUCACAGCAAUUUACAAAA